CACUGCCUCAACGUUGCACUCUCAUUCAAGAGAUUCCUCCUUCUCCCUUGUGUCAUAUCUUUAUCCCUUAUACCUACAUAUACAUCUUUAGAUCGUGCUGGGUGCUUGGGGCUUUUUCUUGGUGUUUGAGAGCAGUCUCGGAGGUAUUUCAACGUUCCUUCUGGCCAUCCCUCGUCAGCAUCGGGUUCGACGUCCAUUCUUGCUGUCCAAGUCUUGGUGGGAUUGCUAGGGAGGCAAAACAGAUCUAGGCUGCGACGGAUUUAUUGGAAUUCUCCCUCCCAAGCUGUGAAUAAACUUCUUUACGGCACGCGGGGGCCCUGGUUUCGUUCGAGCAGUUUAUCCUACGGCAUCCGCACUUCAUGGCUACUCCGCAGCCCACCAACGGGGUCACCACCGAGCCCAUCCUCUCAGAGAUCCUCACCACUCUCAAGAAAAUGCAGCUGGACCAGGCAAACCUAGCUGCCAACGUGGAGUCCCUCCAGAGCCGAGUCGAGACUUCGCAAUCGGUGAACCAACUGCGCGGCGCUCCCGGGUCUCGAGCAAACAGCAGAGACUCCCCGAGCUUGGACCCCAUCCAGCUGGGCAAGUCCGCGAGCGGCGCUGCCUCUCCUCCCACGGACUCCAGCCUGGCUCCCAAGGCACCUUCAUCUCCCACGACCCCCGCGAGGAAGUCAUCCGUCACGUCGCGAAUCAUCCUCACCACCUACCCAGGCCAGUCGGGGAUCGACCCCAUUCCUCUUGAUUGGGGGGAACCCAAUCCCAUCAAACGUGGCCCUGUGGUCGUCAGUCGCCACUACAACACGAUUCGUCGUCGCAACGCCAUCGGGGCCCACGGCGGGUCCUACAGCAUAUACCACGCCCUCGCCGUGGCGAGCAACAAUCUCGACCUCGAGCAUAAACCGGACUUCACCAACACCGAGCCCGCCGCGAACAUCGGCCCCUUUCCGGCGUGGGGCGACAAGAAGAAAAUCGUUGCUAUGGACCCCUUCGGCCACCUGGCGCCCUGGCUGUACAAGGACCUCAUGCAAUCGCAGGACCUCGACAUCCGGCCCACCAUCGCCGUGACCAAGGCGCACAUGAAGAUCCCCGAGCUCGAACAGUCCGUGAAGGCGGGCCGCUUGAAGCCGGACGGGCGGAUCUGCCUCAACGAGACCGGGGAGUUGAACGUGACCAAGUUCGCGGUCGAACCGGUCUGGUACUUGCCGGGCGUGGCGGAGCGGUUCGGGAUCCACGAAAGCGCCCUGCGGCGUGCGCUCUUCGAGCACACGGGCGGCUCGUACCCGGAGCUGGUGACACGCAACGACAUCAAGGUGUUCCUGCCCCCCAUCGGCGGACUGACGGUGUACUGCUUCGGCGACCCGGCCAAGAUGGCGGACCCCAACGUACGGCUGGCGCUGCGGGUGCACGACGAGUGCAACGGCAGCGACGUGUUCGGGUCCGACAUCUGCACGUGCCGCCCGUACCUGAUCUUCGGCAUCGAGGAGGCCGUCAAGGAGGCCCAGAAGGGCGGCUCCGGUGUCGUCAUCUACUUCCGCAAGGAGGGCCGCGCCCUCGGCGAGGUCACAAAGUACCUGGUUUACAACGCCCGCAAGCGCGGCGCUGACCGCGCCAGCGAGUACUUCCAGCGCACCGAGAACAUCGCGGGCGUCAAGGACAUGCGCUUCCAGGCCCUCAUGCCCGACAUCCUGCACUGGCUCGGCAUCACCAAGAUCGAUCGCAUGCUGUCCAUGUCCAACAUGAAGCACGACGCCAUCGUCGAGCAGGGCAUCCCCAUCCUCGAGAGGGUCCCCAUCCCCGACGAUAUGAUCCCCGAGGACUCGCGCGUCGAGAUCGACGCAAAGAUCCACGCCGGCUAUUUCACCACCGGCAAAGUCAUGUCGAUCGACGAGCUGAACGCCGUCCAGGGCCGCAGUUGGGAUGACAUUGAGCAUUAGUCGGGGUCUGUUCGACCGUCCCAGAUUGGAUGCUAGACAAUUCAGUUGGAAUAUUGACGACUGACCUUGUUGGGAAGCCGCAAAAGGGAAUCUGUAGACAGCAACGGGAUGCAGUGAAGCUGACAUGUUUGGUACAAGGGAACAAACUUCGAUGACAGUCCUACAAAUUGAACGCUCUCACAAGUGUCCGAUAGGUUUUCCUGAUUCUUGGACGAUUGAUUAAUCGAUCUCUGUUGACUUUGACGCCCAGCUACUGUACAUGCCUUGGCCUCAUUGCUCAAGGUCCAGUCCCUCCAGAAGGAGAACAAGUACAUCGUCUGCGAUCCGUGCUUAUGAACCGCA